AGAUGUCCAUCCAAAACAAUCGAAUCGAAAAGAUGAAUGUUGUGUCGGUGUUUUGUUUGGUAAUUCUGGCCAUCUUCCAUGGAAGUUCAAGUUGUGUUGCGGGUGACGUGAGCUUCAACCUGUUGGGUUCGAAUUCCAAAUCUUAUAGCAACUUCAUCAAAGCUCUAAGGAGUGCUCUUCCAUCCAAGGACAAAGUAUACAAUAUAUCACUAUUGCUUGGCUCGGCAACAGGCGCAAGUCGCUACACACAAGUGAAACUCUCCAAUUAUGACGGGAAAGCCAUCACGGUGGCAAUAGAUGUAACAAACGUUUACAUCAUGGGGUAUCUCGUGAACUCAACUUCCUACUUCUUCAACGAAUCUGAUGCCCAAUUGGCUUCUAAAUAUGUGUUCAAAGAUAGCACCCGUAUUACACUUCCAUACUCCGGUAAUUACGAAAAGCUUCAAAAUGCGGCAGGCAAAAAAAGAGAAAAAAUUCCCCUUGGAUUCCCAGCUUUGGACAGUGCAAUUACCACCUUGUUUCAUUACGACUCCACGGCUGCUGCUGCGGCAUUUAUCGUGGUGAUUCAGUGCACGGCUGAGGCUUCAAGAUACAAAUAUAUCGAGGCCCAAAUGAUUAAGAGAAUUUCCAAAGACGAUGUCCCAAGUCCGGCGAUUAUCAGUUUAGAAAACAGCUGGUCUGCUCUCUCCAAACAAAUUCAAUUGGCUCAAACAAAUAAAGGAGUUUUUAAAGCUCCGGUUUUGAUUACAGACGAUCAAGGCCAACGAGUUGAAAUAACCAAUGUCAGUUCCAACGUUGUAACCAAAAACAUCCAGUUGCUACUAAACUCACAAAAUAUUGCAGCUUUGAGCUACAAUUAGAAGAAGGCGGCGUUGAACAUUAUGAUAAUUAAGGUUAGGACUCCACCUUCAAGAGUGUCUGUUGUUUGUAUUUCCUGAGUUUAAUCCUGCUGUGGAAAUAAAAGCAUGCUCAUGUCAUUUAACUGUGUGAAUGCUAUGUGUUUGUGUUUUAUUUCUUUCUAUAAUAAAGUAUUGUGGAGUCUUUGGUA